CCCCGACACUUGAACGCAUAUAAUCCUUAAACAGUCAGCAAAAUGGGCUGGUUUCCAAGCGGCCUACAGUCCGACCAAAGCGGAUGGCGAUUCGACAUUGUCGGCCUUCUCGCAGUCGUCGGCAGCUCCGCCAUCCAAAAACACCUUCAAGCCAUUACAGCCUCGCCAUUUGCCAUUUUCCCUCGUCUCCUCCCCGCCCCCGAAACCCUGCUCGACACCAACCGACCGAAACGGCCCCCCUCCGUCAAAGGCGUCACGAUGGUCGGCGUGCAUUCGGGAAACAUUUUCCACGAGUUGAACUUCUUCGCCAAUAUAUGGCAAGAUGUCGAUGAAAUAGAGAAGUAUGAGUUUCGCGUGUAUAACAUCCGCUAUAACAAAGCGGAUUCGGAACGCGGGACAUCAUCCAGUCAAAGUCAAGAUGAUGGAGGAGUCUCCAUCAAACUGCAGACAUUCUGCUGGCUAAAUAUCCUCACUCUGGUGUCUAUUCUCAUGACGGCCGGCCUUUUCGUCUGGGCAGGAUGUAUUGGAGACGGAGCAGCGCUGGUCGGACUGGGCACCAUGUCCCUCUCAACCAGCACGGCCAGUCUCUCUGCACGAUGGUAUCCACGCCUGACAGCCCGAACCGCCAUCGCAAAGGUUCCUAGAGGCGAUAUGAUUAUCAAAACAAGUGCCGGUGCAUUCAUCCUCGUCCGGGGUGAAGAGGACGUCAUCCGAGAGUUAUACGGGAACGUGGGCGACUGUAAAUACCAGUAUAGCGGCAAACGGCACCAUUUGCUACUUGCAGCCAGCACGAUAUUACUUAUGGCAUCGAUAAUCAUAUUCAGCAACUGUGGGUGGGUCAUGCAGAUCGCGAUCGGGGUGGCAUAUAUCAUCUUGAAUAUGCUGUAUUGGUUGCUGGCGCUGCUGGUCAAACCAAAGGAUAUCUGGGAUAUGAGCAGAUAUGUCCUGGAGGAAGCACCAACAGCAAAAGAUGCGAACAAGAACGCGAGAAAAGGCACAAAAAAAGGCGCGACUCCCAACUAUACCAAUACAUUGUGGCAGGCGAUCAACACGACGAAGACUAUCGACUGGGUGUCCAAGGGCGGGUUUGCACCGUCGACAGAGGCUUGGAAGAUGUGGUUGAUGGAGGCGAAAAGCAACAUCGGCAACAACGACUGGGAUGCAGUCAAGCGGAAAGAUGAGUUGAUGAGAACGAAUGGCUCUCCCUCAGUUGAGGCAGCUAGGUCGAGGAACACAUUGUGCAAGAAUCCGGGCGAUGAAGAGAAUAUCUUAGGGAACCAGUUUGAUCCUUCUUGUUAGUAUACAGGCAGUGCAGCGUGAUAAAUGGUCAGAAUAUUUGACAUAUCUUUAUUUGAAAUAAUCAUUCUGUC